AUGGACUCCGCCUUCUCUAAUGAUGAACCACUAGAAUCCAGAAUGCUGGAUUCAACCGAAAACAGUUCCAACUAUCAGGAUAUCGAGGUGCAACAUCAGCAAUUGCUUCAAAAUCAACAGUUAAGUUACGCAUCGAGCUUGUUUUCGCAGAACACACAUACACCAACGAAAGUGUCAAACGUCAUUGUAAACAACUCAGAAUGUGUUCGUUCUGCUGUGUUGCAAAGUUACGUUGACCAGACGAUAGGAAGAGCUACAACUCUAGAACAAUUGUGUGAAGAGUCUGAUAUCUUAAACAUGAAGCUUAUUUCGAAUGGGCUAGUCGAGUCCUGUACACAAACUGUUGAUAGUAGGGGCGUUCUACAUUACGACUUGAAUGAGCGUAAUCUCAGGCCGAGCUAUGCUAUGUUCAAUGGCAGUGGUACCGCGUUAUCCGUUGUAGACGUCGUUUCCAUUCUAAACCUUCAACCGCUUAAAAAAUUCACAGCCAAGACUGGCACAAAUGUUGGAAACGGAGAAGGUGAUGGCUACCUUCAAUUCCAGUGGCGUAAUGCCUUCGGCGGAGGGGAAAAGCUAACGUUUGAUGCCACCAAGGGCACGAAAACUCAUUCAUCUUACUUGGUAGAUUACGCGCAACCAGUCUCCCCGUUUUGGUCGUGGGAUUCCGCUAUAUACAAGAACUCAAGAGCCCUGGGGAACUUGGAACUGCUGCUGAGAGGCAUGCGCGCCUCACUGACAUCAACUUUUGAGAAACACAAGAACGUUAAUCACGAAUUUCUAUAUGAAUACGUAUGGCGAAACACCAGCGCCAGCGGAAGUCAUACCUCGGACUCCCUUCUCAUGCAAUGUGGAAACGAUAUCAAGACAGCUUUGGGAUACUCGCUUUUCUGGGACUCACGCGACAAACCUAUUUUCCCGUCGUCAGGCAACUUCUUCAAAAUAUCUAACGAGCUCGCACUCAACAGCUUUUGGAAAGUUGGGCUCGAGACUUCAAAGGUCAAGAGCUGGCGAAGAAACAAUUUCUUUACAAUGAGCGCUUCAUUGAAAGGUGGCUACAUCAAUAAUUUUCACCCCAAGAGCAAGGCCAUUCACACAAGCGACAAGUUCCAUUGCGGAGGAAGCAACGACGUUCGGAGUUUCAAUCUUAUGGGAUUGGGCCCCAAGGAUCUCUUUGAUUCCCUUGGAGGUGACGCUUUCGUGAGCUACGGAGUGAGUGUUUUCUCUCGUUUACCGGUGAAACGUUGGUCCGAAUCCAACUUCAGACUCCAUGCCUUUGUUAACGGUGGAAGACUGAUCAACUCAAAUGGAUGUUCAGCCAAAUCUUGCGUUCAGGCGUUAUCACGGGAACAUUCCAUUUCUACUGGGCUGGGUGUGGUUUUUGGGCAUCCAGUGGCCAGAUUCGAGCUAAAUUUCACAGUCCCACUCACGGCUCACGCAUCGGACUCUGUCCGUAAGGGUUUCCAAUAUGGAAUCGGGCUGUCUUUUCUUUAG